AUGAGUGACACGGUUACUUCAAUCGAGCUUCAGACGCGCACACACGAUGCAUCCUUCCAGGGACCGUUCCAGGGCCACGAUGCACAUCGCAGUCCCGACGAAACGGUUAUUCCUGGAUUGAAGCCCGUCGACAAAGGGCGCGAUGCAUGGAUGGUAUUGACUGCUGGUUUCGUCUUCGAUGCCUUGUUCUGGGAGUUCGAGGCCGACGCCGCCAACGUCACCAUCAUCGGCACGGUCGCACAAGCACUCUACUACCUGGGUGCGCCCUUCUCUGCGCUUUUGGCAAAGCGGUUUCCCAAGUACCGCCGCCAGCAGAUCUGGCUGGGCUGGCUGAUGUGCAUCGUGGGCCUGCUCGCGGCGUCCUUUGCCACGUCGGUCACGGGGCUGAUUGGCACACAAGGCGUUCUGUACGGCUUUGGCUUUGUCAUCCUGUCGUACCCCAUCAUCAGCAUGAUCAACGAAUGGUGGGUGUCGCGCAAAGGCAUGGCCUUUGGCCUGAUCUCGGCCUCGUCGGGUGCUACGGGUGCCGUCAUGCCCUUUAUCAUCACGUCGCUGCUGGCCAAGUACGGAUACCGAACCACGCUGCAGGCGUGCGCCGUGGCUAUGACGAUCAUGACCGGGCCCUUGAUACCGCUGCUGAAGAGCCGCUUGCCGGCAUCGGACCAAGCGCAGCUGGCGCGGACCGAGUGGUCGUUUCUGCAGAAGCCGCUCUUUUGGGUGUACGGCAUCGCCAUCCUGACACAGGGUUUGGGCUUCUUCUUCCCCGUCAACUUCCUGCCCACGUAUGCCUCGUCCAUUGGCAUCUCGACCACGGGCGGUGCCCUUCUGCUGUCUCUCCUGUCCAUUGCGCAAGUGUUGGGCCAAUUUGCCUUUGGCUACUUGUCCGACAAGAACCUCCCGGUGUCGGUGCUGGCUGGUGUGUGCUGCACCGUGGCAGGCGCGGCUUCCUUUGUGCUCUGGGGUCUGUCCACGUCGCUGGCCUGGCUGAUCCCGUUUAGCAUCAUCUACGGGUUCUUUGCCUGUGGAUUCGGCACUAUGCGGGUUGCCAUGGGUCGGGAUGUCCGCGGCGACCCGCUGGCUACCUAUGCUAUUUACGUCUUCUUGCAGGGCGUCGGCAACAUUUUGGUCGGUCCCAUCAGUGCAGCUUUGACGAGAAAACCCGUCUCCAUGGCUGACUACGGCUGCGCAAAAUACGCGGGCAUUAUCCUGCUGACGGGAGCGACCUCCCUGCUUGCGACUGCAUUUAUUGCCGGCUGGCAUCUGUACAGAAUUGUUGAGGAUCGGAAGACGAACUAG